AUGGACCACUUUGACACAUGGAACACGAUCACAUCCAAAGGCCUCCCUUUUGAAUUCGUCCUGGACGAAACAGACCCAAAACCCACCUUGACAGAUUCCGACGACGACCACCCAUCAGGAAGUUCCCAGUACUUUGCAGAUUGUUCAGAUAAUGAAAUGGACGAACCCAUAUCCCCCAUUUUCCAACCCGGAGAAACAAUCCAAACAUCUCUUCCGGACAUUGACACAGAUUCGCUUCCGUUAGGCGAUGCAACUAAAAUGGGGGACUUGUUAUGGCCCUAUGGUGGAUACGAAUCCCUCCUCCAAGCCACUUUUCCGUUUACAUUGCCAGAACCCUACAUGGAUCCCAACGCAACCCUUCCACCAACAUUAACAUCCACCGAUUCAUGCAUCUGUCCACACUGCACGGCGCAUACACUGGACACCUCGGAAUUCCUCACUUUUGACACACAACCUCUUGUCAUCGACGAUACCAUUCAAAGCAACAUGCUCCUAACAGCACCCAUCAACCCAGCGACACUCAUCUGGAACCGCCCAAACCCCACUAAAGAAAAAAAGGAUGCAACAAAAGAGGAAGGGUCUACAAAAACCAUGAGUGUGGGUAUUCCCCAGAAACGCCCCUACAAGGACACGACGGACAUGAACGACGACCAAGAAUGGUAUACGAAAAAGAUGACAUUCGAGAAUUGGCGGCCCAUCGUUGCUACCAUCUCCUUUUCAUAAGGAAACGAAACAAAAACCCAUUGGACAAUUCAUUUGGCAAAAAAAAACCAAAC